AUGAAUCACCUCUUGCUGCUCCUCGUCGCGUCCAGCAGCUCCGCCCUCAAGGUGCUCGUCACCGGCGCCGGUGGCCGCACUGGCAAGCUCGUCUUCCAGCAGCUCAAGGAGAGCGCGUCCUUUGCUCCCGUUGGGUUGGUCCGGAGCAAGAAGGCCGUCAAGGCGCUGCGCAAGGUUGGCGGUGCGGACGACGCCGAGAUUGUGCGGGCCGACGUAACUGACGGCGCCGCUCUCGCCGCUGCGAUGGCUGGAUGCGACAGCGUCGUGCUCUGCACCUCCGCCGUGCCGCAGAUCCUGCCCUUUUCGAUCGCCAAGCCGGGCCGGCCCAAGUUCAAGUUUGCUCCUGGCGGCACGCCCGAGGAGGUCGACUGGCUCGGAGCGAAGCUGCAGAUCGACGCGGCCAAGGCGGCCGGCGUGAAGCGAUUCGUGUUUGUGUCGAGCAUGGGAGGGACGCAGCCCGACAACUUCCUCAACUCGAUCGGCGAGCGCAAGAGCGACGAGGACGGCUCUGGCGGCGACAUACUGCUCUGGAAGCGGAAGGCGGAGCGGUACCUCAUCUCCUCGGGCCUCGAGUAUACCAUUAUCCACCCCGGUGGACUCGUCGACAAGCCGGCCGGCGCGCGCGAGCUCACCGUCGGCGUCGACGACGAGCUGCUCGGCCAAGCCUUCCGCCAGGUGCCUCGCGCAGACGUGGCGCGCGUGUGCUGCGCCGCCCUCACCGAGCCCGCCGCCGCCGACCUGAGCCUCGACCUGGCCAGCCGCCCCGAGGGCGAAGGCGCCGUCACCGACUCGCCGGGCAGCCUCUUCGCCUCCCUCGGCGGCAAGUCGUGCGACUACUCGACGGUGCUGGACGACCCGCCCUCUAUCUUUGCCACGGGGUGAUGGCACGACUAGGGAUACAGCGGUGUAUGGGUAUGCACUCCUCCUCAAGGGACAAGGUAUCUCUGGCGUGUGGGGCCGUGGUCUUUUACGCUGCGCCGUCACCUCUGUGUGCGUGUUUCUCGGCUUUCGCGUCUCGCUGCUCCCGAGUCCCGUCUCUUCUUUCGUGGUGGGCGAGGGCAGAGCUCGGGCAGGCUUACACUGUACGGCACAGCCGCCAUUUAUGUGUUUAUGAUUAUGUGUA